ACUACACCAACACUUCAGCUAUCAUCCAUGGCUUCUGUAAUUCUUCUUUUUCUUCUCACUCUUUCAUCCCCUCUCUUCUUUGGCCAAACACUCAACCCCGUAGAGGCAGGAGACAAACUAAUUGAAAGUGCAUGCCACACUGCUGAGGUACCAGUAGUAUGCAUGCAGUGUGUAAAAUCUGACGAGCGUUCGGGGAAAGCCGAUGCGGUAGGGAUUGCCAACAUCAUCAUCGACUGUUUGAUGAGCCACUCUAGCUACUUGGCAAGCAACAUGUCGAAUUUAGGUUCUAAUCCUGAACACAAUGCCACAAAAUCAGCCUAUGAACAUUGCUUCCUGCACUGUUCUGAUGCAAAGAAGGCGCUAAAUUCAGCAGCUUUGGAGCUAAAGAAUGGCAGCUAUGAUAGCGCUGAACUGUCCUUGCGCGAAGCAGCGCUAUAUCAAGGCACAUGCCGAUACGAGUUUGUGAGUUCAAAUGAGACUUAUGUGCCACCUAAUGUUUACUAUGAUCUGAAGGUCUUUGAUAUACUUACUGUGGCUGCCUUUAGAAUUAUAGAGAAGCUUUGAUUAAGAGUUUUGGAGGGUUUUCACCUAAGUGCUCAUCAUCCAUGAAAAAUAAAGUUUCAUGUUGACUAGUAGACAUGUAACAUGAAAUAUUGAGACAUAACAUACACCUCCUUAUCAUCUAUAAUGGGCUUGAAACAUAUUUCCUUCAA